UUUCAUGGAGUCGAAAAAAAUCGCUCUUUCGGAAAGUUGCGUCAUCCACAUGGUUGUGUCUUGAGUGUAUAAAAAUUUUAUUAACGCGAAGUUCUAGGAGAUAUUCAAACAAAAUGUUGUCCGCAACGCGGGUGUUAAGCCGAAAGGCUCUAGAGUGCUCCGGAAUCGGAUCUGAUGUGUAUACUCAAAGAAAUUUUUCCACAAUCCUCAGAAGUACUGCGGCACCGACAGUACCUAUUUAUCAAAAAAAUGGACUGCAAUAUAGAAAUAAAUCUGAUGGAGUCCGUGGAGCCGUUAUUGGUAUUGAUUUGGGCACAACCAACUCCUGUGUGGCUGUCAUGGAGGGAAAGACACCUAAAGUUGUUGAAAACAGUGAAGGUGCAAGAACCACGCCAUCUCACGUGGCAUUCACCAAGGAGGGUGAGCGACUCGUGGGUAUGCCGGCAAAGCGACAGGCUGUUACCAACAGUGGAAACACAUUCUAUGCCACCAAACGAUUGAUUGGACGCAGAUUUGAAGACCCUGAAGUUCAGAAGGAUAUGAAGAACCUGUCAUACAAAGUUGUGAAGGCAUCCAAUGGUGAUGCUUGGGUGCAAGGAAGUGAUGGCAAAGUGUACUCACCGAGUCAAAUUGGUGCCUUUGUUCUGAUGAAGAUGAAGGAAACAGCUGAGGCUUACCUUAACACGAGUAUCAAGAAUGCAGUAGUCACCGUGCCGGCUUACUUCAACGACUCACAGAGACAGGCUACAAAAGACGCAGGUCAGAUUGCUGGUUUGAACGUGCUCCGAGUCAUCAAUGAGCCGACUGCUGCUGCCCUCGCCUACGGCAUGGACAAGACUGAUGACAAGAUCAUCGCCGUGUACGAUCUCGGCGGCGGCACCUUCGAUAUCUCCGUGCUGGAGAUCCAGAAGGGAGUGUUCGAGGUGAAGUCCACGAACGGGGACACGCUGCUCGGCGGGGAGGACUUCGACAACGUGAUCGUCAACUUCCUGGUCGACGAGUUCAAGAGAGAUCAAGGACUCGACAUCCGCAAGGACGCUAUGGCCAUGCAGAGGUUGAAGGAGGCAGCGGAGAAGGCCAAGAUCGAGUUGUCUGGUUCACUCCAAACUGACAUCAACCUGCCUUACCUCACCAUGGACUCCUCUGGACCUAAACACAUGAACCUCAAGAUGACCCGUUCGAAACUGGAAUCGUUGGUCGGUGAUCUCAUCAAGAGGACGGUGGCUCCGUGCCAGAAGGCGCUCCAGGACGCGGAGGUGCAGAGGACCGACGUCGGAGAGGUGCUGCUAGUCGGUGGCAUGACCAGAAUGCCCAAGGUACAAUCGACAGUGCAAGAGAUAUUCGGCCGCGCGCCGUCCAAGGCGGUUAACCCUGAUGAAGCUGUGGCAGUCGGCGCGGCGGUCCAGGGCGGAGUACUCGCGGGCGACGUGACGGACAUCCUGCUGCUCGACGUGACACCCCUGUCCCUGGGUAUCGAGACACUGGGCGGAGUGUUCACCAAGCUUAUCACCAGGAAUACCACCAUACCGACCAAGAAGAGCCAGGUGUUCUCGACAGCUGCCGACGGCCAGACGCAAGUGGAGAUCAAAGUGCACCAGGGUGAGCGCGAGAUGGCUGCGGACAACAAGCUGCUCGGGCAGUUCUCGCUGGUCGGCAUCCCGCCAGCGCCGCGCGGCGUGCCACAGAUUGAGGUCACCUUCGACAUCGACGCCAACGGCAUCGUCCACGUGUCUGCACGAGACAAGGGAACUGGAAAGGAGCAGCAGAUCGUGAUCCAAUCAUCCGGUGGACUAUCGAAGGACGAGAUUGAGAACAUGGUAAAGGCGGCGGAGCAGUUCGCGGCGGCUGACAAGGGGCGGCGCGAGCGCGUCGAGGCCGCCAACCAGGCCGAGGGCGUCCUCCACGACACAGAGACCAAGAUGGACGAGUACAAGCAGCAUCUGCCGCAGGAUGAGUGUGACAAGCUCCGCGAGGAAUGCAACAAGCUGCGCGAGCUGCUGGCGCAGAAGGACACUGCGGAGCCCGAGGCCAUCCGCACCGCCACCGGCACGCUGCAGCAGGCCAGCCUCAAGCUGUUCGAGCAGGCGUACAAGAAGAUGGCAGCGGAACGCGACGGCCAAUCCCAGCAGACUCAAACCCAGGGCGAGGGAGAAGACAAGAAGGAGGAGAAGAAGAACUAAACAAAUGCACACACUAUUUUGUCCGUCUACUUGUAAAUAUGCUCCGAGUAAUGUGGUCUUGCUAAGUGACUCGAUACAGCUAAAAGGUACUCUUCCUAAGUAUAUAAACCUAUAUAAAUAAGGUAUGUAGCUUAUCAGGGUUAAUUUAAACCAACAAUUAGUACCGAAAGUUAAACUUUAAAGCUAAAUCAAUGAGUAUUUUGUUGCCAUGGUGCGAUAAGCCAUUUUGUUGUACCACGCAAAGUUACUCGCUGAUAUAGAGUUAACUUAAACAAUUUGGACUUACCCUAUAUCCAUUCUUAUUCUGAUUACCCCUAAACUUAAUAUUACUAUAAAUUAUAAUAAAGUAAUAUAUAGUCAAUGAUCAUGUUGUCUUUUAGCGAUUCUACAUUAAAACCGUGUGGAAACUGCCUAAACGCCUAUCGCCUAUGUCAUAGAAAUGAAUUGUUAUCACUUAAGUAUUACCGGUUUCUACACGGUAAUCUUUCCAUUCUGAUUUUAAUCUCAACACGAUAAGCUGUGAAGACGUAGCUGUUAGAUUUUUUCACAAACCAAAAUUAAUUUCAUAACAUUGAAUAGAAAUAUAUUGUACUUAAAACACAAUAAAAAUGUUUAUAUUCGUAAUCAACUUACAAAUUAUAUACAAAUAUUUCAGGCAACUUUUUAUUACCCGACUAAAAAAAUAGACCUAUAUAUUUUUAUUCAAUGUUAUCAUAGAAUAGUAAUAAUUGUUAUUUAGUAUAAAGGACUGGUAUAUCCUUAGCUAAGUUGUUUUAAAACUUAUGUUGUAAUAUAUUUUUACUGUAUGUGUAUGAUGGGUCCCGGACAGUUUUGCUGGCGUUGGUUGGUGGCUGAAUGCAUUUAUGUUUAUUUUAUUGUAAUUUGUAAUAGAUGCAACACAGUUGGGAAUAUUAUUCUUAUUUCAUUUAUUUAUAAAUAUUGUUAUUUUAUUUUAAAAAACUCCAACACCUUCAAAUGAAGAGAUUAAGUAUAAGCCAGACAAAGUUAAUAAUUAUUUAAUUUAAAUUUCAUUUAUUGUAUAAUAAAAAAUACAAUUUACACAUUAUAAUAUUUAAACUGUGUGUAUCUAGGUAGUUGCAAAAGUGCCCGGGACAUGGAUGAAAGUUUGCUAACAUGUAUUUGUUGGUACAAUAUAGUGAAUAUAUUUUAGGUCUUAAAAUGUAUGCACUAUACAUUAAUAUAUAUUUUAGGUUUGGUUGCGAAUUGUAAAAUUGAAUGUGAAAUAGAUUAGUUAAAUAAAUAUGUUAAAAAAACUUA